CGUGUGUGAAGGGUAGUGUCAAGUGUGAGAGAUAAUCGAAUUUAAGAGACUUCUACGUACAUAUCUCGUGGUGAUUUGCAUUCCCUUUUUCUCAGUUUUAUUUUACUGUAUUGUGUUUUCAAUUUUUGCAUGCUUAUUUUCUGAGUAAUUAAAAGGAGCAUCAUGUAUUCUAAAGAAAUUAAAAAAAGUUCCGAAAGCAGCUCCGGAUGGAUUCUUCUUCCAGAACAGAUGGAUGUAUUGAGCAAGAAACCAUACAUUUACAAUGCAACAGCGGGAUCAUUUCUAGAGCUUCUUUUUCUACAGAAGUUCUGGAUGUGGCUGGUGAAAUUUGUCCCAAUGCGUAUAGCUCCUUGUGUUCUAACAUGUCUUGGUUUAGCAGUUAACCUUGGUAGCUGUCUGACUCUUUUAUACUUUAGUCCUGAUGCUAGAACAGAAGCUCCUGCCUGGGCAUUUCUUCUGUGUGCAGCAGGAGUGUUUCUUUAUCAAACAUUGGAUGCUUUAGAUGGAAAACAGGCUAUGAAAGUACAGGAUACACAGAUAGAAGAAGUAUAUGACCAUGGAUGUGAUGCAAUAUCUACAGUGUUUGUUGGAUUAACUACAGCUGCUGCAUGCCAGCUUGGCAACUUGCCUCUCUUGAUGUUUUCUUUCUUUCUGUUAUCAAUGUUAGCAUUUUACACCACACACUGGCAAGACCAUGUCACUCACAUAAUGAUUUUUGGGAAGGUGGAUGUAUCUGAGGCACAAUUCACUGUGAUAUUAAUUCACCUGUUGACAGCUGUGUUUGGACAACACAUAUGGAGAACAGAGGUCCUCUUUGGACUCGAACUACGCAUGAUCGUUGGAAUGUGUACUGUGCUAUCGCUGUGUGGAACAAUUAUAGCAAAUAUGGGAUAUAUCUUGGGAAAUAAAACUCCACUUGACGACUUUAUCCAAAUUCCAAGGAAAAAGACUCCACAGAUAUGGAAUCCACUCAUUCCGGUAUCUAUGCUAACUUUUUUUGCUGCACAAGCAUACAAUGCUGGAUUAUUUGAUCCAAAUCCGUCUCUUUUUGUUAUUGCAUUUGGUUUUGCAUAUGCAAAGCUAACUGUGAAGCUUGUGAUAACAAAUGUAACUUAUGCAGAUAUGGAUCUCUGGGAUAGUAGUCUAGUAGCUCCUUUACUGUUGUGUCUAAAUACUUAUUUACCGUCUGUUUACAUGUUGCCACCAUCUACUGCACUAUUAUGUGGUUUAGUUUAUAACUUAAUGGAUGUUGCUCGUUAUUUCACCUACAUUAGCUGGGAUUUACGAGAGGCUUUGGAUGUAUGGAUCUUCAGCCUUAAAUACCCACCUGGCCAUCCCAAAUUCCGCAGAAGUAACCAAGGUGUCUAUGUCAAUGGACUAAAUAAUAAUGAAGUUCUUUCAUCAUCUGUAAAGAAUUUACAUUCUCAACAAAAUGGUGGACAUAAAAUUCACUGAAUUAGAAGCCUCGGUAUGUGGUAUAAGCUAUCCAUAAAGUGAAGCUGGUGGCAUUGCUGUCAAUUGAAAAAGAGUCUUUAAGACUUUAAAAGUGGGAUGUGUGACAUUUAUACAGAGAUAUGACACAGGUUAAACAUGUCUAAGUGAAGUAGCGGAAGAUGAAAUUACAUAUGUAUGCAUACAGCUUAAAAAUAAACAAAUGCAGUGCAGUUGGACGAGCUCACUUUAAAGAGUGACAGUGACUAAUUCUAGAACAAGCCUCAUGUGUAAAGUGUUCAUUGAACUACCUAGAAUCUACUGACUUUUAGUUAUUGAAAAUAUAUGUUUUAAAUGUUGCAUUUUAUUUGAGCAGUGUCUGCUAAUUUAUUGUGCAUUGAUGAUUACUUAUUCGAUAUAUUUAUAUAGAAAUUGUGCGAGUGAAAUAUCUGGUUCACGAAGGGCAGCAGUUAUUGUCUACAAAUAAAGUGAAGAUAUGUAUAUGCUCAAAUUACUGAAACCUUUAAAACUCCAUUUUGUAAAUAUGACUGAAAAGCAUGAGCUUUUAUGUAUUAUAAUGUUGUUAACACAAUUUACUAUAAUAAAUAAUUUUAUUAGAAAA